CACUAUUCGGUCCUUUGUUGUUGUUUCCGAAGGUUAAGCGGUUUUCUUUUUUAAAAUAAUCAAAAACCAGAGCAAAGGUUAACAAAGUUCAAUUCGAAGAGAUAACUUCAGUGAAACAAAAUGCGAAAUUAAAUUUAUCAGUGGAUAAUAAUAACCCUACGAGAUAACAGUCGCAAUUUUGCAAGUUACACCGAGUUCAAAAUAACAAAAAAAUGGCCGAAGCGUCUCUGGUGAAUUUUACUGACGAAUUAUUGGAAAGCAAUUGCUUGUACUGCGCUCUGUGCAAAGACAUCCUCAAACCGCCGAUAAUGCUCGUCGAAAACAUCGGAAACAUUUGCUCGACGUGCCACAAAGACACCCCGGAGAUCAAGAAUCGCCACAGCAUGAACAACGAAGCAGUAGAAAACAUCUUGAAACUAUUAAAGCUACCGUGCAAAUACAAAAUCAAAGGCUGCCAAGAAAGGUUUUCCUACGAAGAAUUGCCCUAUCACCAGCAGGGCUGCAAGCACGGCACCAAGAUGUGCUCGAUGAACAAAUCCACAGGCUGUGAAUGGCAGGGCAGCACUGGCGACUUCGUGGCCCACUUCAAACAGCUACACGGCGACCACAUAAUCAACUUCGAAAACAAUUUGUUCUUCCUCGAAACGUCCCUGUGCGAGGCGAACAUGGUCAAGUUGCUGGUGACUCACAAUCAGAUUUUCAUGCUGCGCAUGCACACCAACGUCGAAUCGAAGCGAUUGCUCUACAUGAUCUGCUCCGUGACGGACAAUUCCAACUCGUUUUGCGACUACUCGGUGAAGCACAAGGGCAGCAGCGACAAUUACAUCAAAACCAAAUCGAGGAUCGUGCCUUCCUAUUACAUUUACAACGAUUUCGACGAGACCGUCGCCGUGGCCAUCGAUUUGGAUGCGCUCAAGCAGAUAUCGCAAAUCUCCAACACCAUAACGAACGUGUUUAAAAUCAAAAUAGACGACGGGGAUUUCGAUGUGAUCGAUGAUAAAAUACUGCAUUUCUUCGAAUGUCCCGUUUGCAAAACCUUCAUGAAACCGCCGAUAUUCCAAUGUCAUUCCGGCCACAGCAUUUGCAACAUGUGCAGACCAAGAUUAGAUCGAUGCCCUACGUGCAGGUCCACCUUCGGCAACACGAGGAAUUAUUCCCUGGAAGGUUUAACCGUAGGCGUUCAAUAUCCUUGCAUCUACCACGAUUCCGGCUGUCCGGAAAUCGGUUCGGCUAACUACAUGACCUCGCACGAGAAACAGUGCCUGUACAAACCUCUGAGCUGUCCGUUUCCCACUUGCGCCACCAACAGCAACCAGGAGGUUAUCGUGCAGCAUUUGAUCGACGCUCAUUUCGAUUCGUGCAUAUAUUCCGGCAGCACCGGCUACACGGACAGCUUCCGCUUGGACCCGAAUUCGUGGCAGAACAAAGUACUGAACAGGAAGUGCGUGAUCGCGUUCAAUCACAUAUUCCGGUUGACGUGCAGGAGGACGAUGGAUUACUGCUACAUGGCGGUGGAGAUAAUCGGGUGCAAGAGCGAGCUGAAGACCUUCGUGUACGAGGUGUCCAUAAUGGACGUGCGGAAGCCGGAGAAGAAAUUGAUCAGGACUGAUUAUUGUUUGAGUGAAUUGAGCGAAGAUGAGGUGUACAAGAAGUGCAUUAUGUUUCCUAAUAGCGUAUUGUCGUCGUAUUCGAACCACGGCGUGGUCACUUUUAAUAUUUCCAUUAAAGAAAAAUAGGAUUUAGUAGUUAUAUAAGAAUUAUGUUUGGAUACUAUUAGAUAAAAAAAUAAUGUGUAUAAAUAUUUUUUAAGUGUUCGAGAUAAUUUCUAAUUUGUAACUUUUCUCAAGAGGAUAGUGAAAAGUAUUAUUGAUUUCUCCACAAAAUUUGUGAUAUUCCUAAUGUAGACUUAAGGUAGAUUUCCAUACGUAAAGGCCAAAUAUUUAGGCGAAUUUUUUACCUGUUCUUCGCAAUUUGUAUAAUGAAUGAUUUUUUAUGUUUGCA